AGUUAUUAUUUCCAGCAAUGAAUCUUCUUCUCUUCACACUAACCUCGUAGCCUUUUUCCUCUGUCAAUGACUCAAUGCCAUCAUCAUCCUUAAUUAUUAAUUAACUGUUAUUUAUUAUCAUCAUCUUUAAUUAUUAAUUAAUUGUUAUUUAUUAUUACCAUUAUUGUUUUUAUUAAACUCAGUCUCUCUUCCUCAUCAUUCACCUUUCCAAUUCUCUGCUUUUUCGUUCGACCCAUUUCAAUUUUUUUACCAAGUUUGAAUCUUUUCUGCUUUUCAAUCAUAACCCAUAUUCUCCUUUUUCAUAAUGCGUGAUUAAUUCAGAGCUGCGGUUUGAUUUGGUUCCUUGUUUCUGCUGAAUUCUCUCACCUCUCACUGGGUAUAAACUACAAAGGGAUAUUUAUAUUAUCACAUAUAAAGGAAGCUAAGGCCAGUGGAAUUUUAUUGGAGUGAGACAUGGAAGCUGAAAUUGAAGGCAUGAGAGCUUUUUGGUAGACCCUUUGUCUGCAUGGGGGGCUUAUUACACAUUUUUGAAUUCAAUCAGGGGAAAAUGGCCAAGAAAGUUCGUACUCAUCGGAAAAAUCCAGGUGGCCUGGAAGCUCCUCGAAAUAGUGUAGAUCUGCAAGUAGAAACGUCUAAGAGUCACCGUCCAGAAGGGGAAUUACCAUACUAUUGUCAAGUAGAAGAAGACUGGUCUGAGAAUAGUCGUUAUUCAAAUGCAGGUUCAAUGAAAAAACUAAUCAAUGAAGAGCUAUCCAAACAAUCAAGCAACAGACAAAAUGCGCCAAGCCUUGUGGCAAGGUUGAUGGGGAUAGAAAUGAUGCCAUUAGACAGCAAAUCUGUUGCUAAAUCAGAUAAAAGAAUAAAUGAAAAUAUGGGGAAAAAGUUUUCAAACAAGGGAAUGAGUGAAAGAGGUUCAGUUAGUUGGGAAUCUUCUAACUUCAAUUCUUCGAGCCAGAUGGAAUUUAGUUCAUUUUAUGAAAACACGGAUGGUGAUGGUGAUGGAUGGAGCCGGAGUUUUGGAGAACCAAGGCCACGGGAACAUCUUCAGGAAGAGGAACUCCAGAAAUUCAAGAAAGAGUUCGAAGCAUAUCAAGCAGCAAGGUUUCUGGAAUGUUCAGAGUUUGCUGAAAUUGGCAGUGUUUCUAGACAAUUGCUUGUUCAAGAGAACCCAAACAAGGUAAAGGUGGCACAUAAUUCAAGUUUACAGAGAGCAGCAACAUGGAAUCUUUCAGAGCUUGAUAGUUACUCAUUAAAAAAAGAGCUACCUGACAGUGUAGGUUCAGAAUAUCAUGGUGAUAUGGUGAAGUUAAUCUCUUCUAUGCAAAGGAAAGCCUUUCCUUCAAAGAGCAGAACUCUAAGUAGAGACUUUGAGGAGUCCCUAAUGAAGAAAUCGUAUAAUCGAUUAGACACAUCUUCUUCUCCCCCUCGGAUAGUUAUCUUAAAGCCUGGUCUAGAUAGCAUUUGCAGCCACGAAGAGAGCUGGACCAGUUCAUCAAGCGAUUUUCAAGGGAAAAAUAGUAUAGAAGAUUUUCUUGAGGAAGUGAAAGAGCGUUUGAAAUAUGAACUGCAAGGAAAAACUGCCAAAAAGGAUUAUGUGGUUCGGGGAAGUGAAAUUGAGACACUUCACAAUAAAAAACAAUCUGAUCCUAAACUUAUAGCCCGUCAGAUAGUAAAGCAAGCCAGAGAAAAUGUGACUAGAGAUGCUGACUCAAAUUUGGUCCGCUCGGAAUCAACAAGGUCAUACAAAAGUGAAAUGCAGAUCGAUGGACAGAGUUUCCCUGAAUUUAUUAGUAGAGAUACCAGGAGGUUCUUGUCAGAGAGGCUAAGAAAUGUUGUGAAAAGUGAAAUAUAUGAUGACAUUUCCAAGGGGAACUCAAGAUCAUAUGCAUUAGACAAUCACAAAGUUAGACUCAAGCAGACCGGGGACAUGAUGAAAUGUGCCAAUGAAAGGGAAAUUUCAAAAGAGGAAACACAAAUGAAAACAGGAUCUUUCAGGCAUGAACUAGAUGACAAUAUAUUGCUCCAUAGGGAGUUGUCCCCUCGGAACCUUGUAAGAUCCUUGUCUGCUCCUGUAUCAAGAUCAGGAACAUCAUUCGGGAAGCUUCUUCUAGAGGACCGGCACAUUCUAUCCGGUGGCCAUAUUCGAAGGAAGCUUGAAGCUGUUGAAACUAUGUCUGCUGAUGUUAAAAAACGGAAAAAAGACAGAUUUAAUAUUAAAGAAAGGGUCUCCAAUUUAAGAUACAGUCUUGCUCUAAGAGGGAAGCUUUUGGGCAAAAGGAUUCAAUCAAUGGUAGAACCACAUGGCAAUGAAUAUUGUCCCUUGGUGAGAGAUGUCACGAGUGGACCAACAGUUCUUAUGAACUGUGGUGAGAGGCAUGAAAACUCCACUGAGGUACCUCCUAGUCCUGCGUCUGUGUGCAGCAGUGUUCAUGAAGACUUUUGGAGGCGGACUGAAUAUUUAAGUCCUAUAUCAACUCCUGAUGUGUUUUCAAGAGAUGAUAUUGCUGGGGCCCAUGUUUUUAGAGAUAUCAGCUCAGGUUUGAAUGAGCUAAGGAGACAACUCAAUCAACUUGAAUCUGAUGGUCCUGAGGACUUCACCAUGAAACAGGAGCCUGAUGAGUCUGAAUUAGUUCAAUUAGAGGAUCCAGCAGAAUCUUACAUAAGAGAUCUACUUGUUGCUUCUGGUCUGUACUUUGGUUCAUGGGAUAAAUCUCUAUUAAGAGGGGACACAUUUGGAAAGCCUAUUGGCAACUCUGUUUUUGAAGAAGUGGAAGAAUCCCAAAAGAAUUUGGUCAAGGAGAAUGAUGAAAGUUCUAUAAAGGAUCAGAAUAAGAUAGACCACAGGAUUCUGCUUGAUUUGCUAAAUGAGGCACUGUCAGUUGUUCUCGGACCGACUUUGACGGUGUCUCAAUUCAGAAGGAAAUUAAGCAACUCUUCCAUGUUGCCGCCACCUCGAGGAAAGGAACUGUUGAAGUUAGUAUGGAACAUUAUCGGAGUUUCUGUAUAUCCUCCAUCUGACAUUGCUCCUUGUUCACUUGACAGUUUGGUUGCUCAACACCUGAGAUCCAUCCCUUGGUCUGGAUUAACAAAUGAUGAGAUCAAUGUAGUGGAAAGAGAGAUAGAAUGUCUAAUAAUAAAUGAUCUGGUUGAAGAACUCACAAAGGAUAUGCUUGAGAUUUGAGAAAUAUCAUUUUACAUGACCAUAAUUCUGCACAUUGGAGCAAGGCUUAUACAUGAUUACCCAAAUUAGAGAAUAACAACCUAAUUGAUAUAGUUGUGUUAAUGAAAAACUGCAUGAAUAUGUGUGUGUGUGUGUGUGUGUAUAUAGUAAUGGGGUUUUAUGUUUGUGAUAUAGGAGCAUUGAGUUGCGGUUAUACAUAUUGUAUAUGAGUGGCUUGAACUAUUAGGUUCUUUUUUUCAAAGUAGAAAUUUGAUUGAUUAUAGUUAUAA